UGCGUAUAGUGGUCUUUGAAUCACUUUCUCAACCGUGUUUAAAGAAAACUUGAAGGUUUAUCAGAGGAAUUACUGUCCGGACGGUACGAUGGGUUCUUCAGCUGUAUGUUAAGCGCGUGAAUGCUGAGCAUCUUUACGGGACUCGGAGUCCGUGGUACCCUGGUCACCAAACACCGGACUGGACUGCAUUACAGAUGGAUAACUUCUUUGUUGAGGGAGCUCGUGUGUGGGUUCGGGACAAGGAGCAGCUCCUGCCCUCCACCGUCAGCUGCUGUGAUGACCGAACCCUCAUCCUCACCACAGACUAUGGAGAGGUGUUAACUCUGGAUCAGGCCGAGGUGAACCGGCUGAAGGUUUUCCCCAUGCAUCCCACCAGCAUCAGUGGAGUGGAGGACAUGUCCACUCUGGCCGAGCUUCACGAGGCCGCCAUCAUGCACAACCUCUACCUGCGCUACCAGAAAGACCUCAUUUAUACUAACAUUGGCUCGAUCCUGGCGGCCAUGAAUCCUUAUAAGCAGAUAGCAGGCCUGUAUGACGGAGAGGCGGUGGAUGUGUACAGCAGACAUCAUCUGGGUGAACUUCCUCCACACAUCUUCGCCGUGGCCAACGAGUGUUACCGCUGCCUGUGGAAGAGACACGACAGUCAGUGUGUGCUCAUCAGUGGAGAGAGUGGUGCUGGGAAGACAGAGAGCACUAAACUGCUGCUGAAGUUCCUGUCGGUCAUGAGUCAGAAAUCCACAGGUUCUCCGCUGUCAGAGAGAACCACCCGAGUGGAGCAGGCCAUCGUACAGAGCAGCCCGAUAAUGGAGGCAUUUGGAAAUGCAAAAACUGUUUACAACAACAACUCAAGUCGCUUCGGAAAGUUCAUUCAACUUCACUUCUCCCAGAGUGGAAAUAUCCAGGGAGGCUGUAUUAUUGAUUAUUUACUUGAAAAGAAUCGAGUUGUGCGACAAAAUCCGGGAGAGAGAAACUAUCAUAUUUUCUAUGCGUUGUUGUCAGGUGCCAAGUAUGAACACAGAGAAAUGUAUAUGCUAGCUGACUCUCCUGAAGCCUAUCAUUACCUCAACCAGUCGGGCUGUGUGAAGGACAGAAGCCUGGAUGACAAACACCUCUAUGAUAGUGUAAUGGAAGCGCUGAAGGUGAUGGAGUUCACUGAGGAGGAGAUUCGGGAUGUCUUCAAGCUGCUUUCUGGAGUCCUUCAGAUUGGCAACAUUGAGUUCAUGACAGCAGGAGGUGCUCAGAUCACCACUAAAGGAGUGGUCAGUGUGGUCAGUGAUCUGCUGGGACUGGACUCUUUUCAGCUGUCUGAGGUUUUGACACAGCGCUCCAUGAUCCUGAGAGGAGAGGAGAUCUGCUCGCCCCUCACCGUGGAGCAGGCAAUUGAUUCCCGGGAUUCUGUGGCGAUGGCAUUGUAUUCCCAGUGUUUUUCUUGGAUCAUCGCCCGAAUCAACCAGAAAAUCAAAGGAAAGGACAACUUCAAGUCCAUUGGCAUUUUGGAUAUCUUUGGCUUCGAGAACUUCGAGGUGAACCGGUUCGAGCAGUUCAACAUUAACUACGCCAACGAGAAGCUCCAGGAGUACUUCAACAAGCACAUCUUCUCCCUGGAGCAGCUUGAAUAUAACAGGGAGGGAAUCCACUGGGAAGCCAUCGACUGGAUGGACAACGCAGAGUGUUUGGAUCUCAUCGAAAAGAAACUGGGCAUGUUGGCUCUUAUCAAUGAAGAGAGUCGAUUCCCUAAAGGCACGGACUACACCCUACUGGAGAAACUCCACAGCCGGCACGCUACUAAUCCAUAUUACGUGAAACCCAGAGUGGCAGAUCACCAGUUUGGUAUUAAACAUUAUGCGGGAGAGGUGCUGUACGAUGUGCGUGGCAUCCUAGAGAAAAACAGAGACACAUUCAGAGAUGACAUCCUCAACAUGCUGAAGGACAGCAGGCUUGACUUCAUCUAUGACCUGUUUGAGCGUUUUGGCAGCAGGAGUGGAGAUGAGACUCUGAAGAUGGGCACUGCCCGCCGCAAACCCACCGUCAGCUCUCAGUUCAGGGAUUCUCUUCAUGCACUGAUGGCCACUUUAAGUGCCUCCAAUCCCUUCUUUGUGCGCUGCAUUAAACCUAACAUGGAGAAGAAUGCAAAUAAAUUUGACCCAGAUGUGGUUCUGAAUCAGCUCCGCUACUCAGGAAUGCUGGAGACAGUGAAGAUCCGUAGAGCAGGCUUCCCAGUACGGAGAACCUUCCAAGAUUUUCUCAGCAGAUACACUAUGAUCCUGAGGGACAGAAACCACACAGCGGACGAGAGGAAGAAAUGUGCGGAUCUGCUGACGAAGUACGAUGUCACCAAGAAAGAGUGGCAGCUGGGGAAGACUAAGGUGUUCCUGAAGGAAGCUUUGGAGCAGAGGCUGGAGAAGGAAAGAGAGGAGGUGCGCAAAGCGGCUGGUAUGGUGAUCCGGGCCCACAUACUAAGUUAUGUGGCAAGAAAACACUAUAAAAGAGUCCGGAGCAGCACCGUCACACUCCAAAAGAACUACCGCGCUCACUUCUGGAGACAAGCUUUUCUUCGUUUCCGCUCGGCCGCAGUGGUCCUCCAGAAGCACCUGCGUGGACAGAUCGCUCGACAGCUCUACCGGCAGCUCCUGGAGGAGAAACAGAGGAGAGAAGAGGAGGAGAGGAUCAGAAGAGAAGAAGAAGAGAGGAGGCGUCAAGAGGAGCUGAGGAGACUCCAGGAGGAGAGACAAAGGCAAGAGGAAGAAAGGAGGAGGGAGGAGGAGAGACUAAGGGUUCUAGAGGAGGAGAAGAGGAGAAGAGAGGAGGAACAGGAGGCUUUGCGGCUCCAGCAGGAGGAGGAAGAGUUGAAGAGGAGGCAAGAGGAUCUCAGGAGCAAGCAGAUACUGGAGGACAGAGAGGCAGGGCACAGCAGGAGUCUAGUGGGGAAAAACCAUCACAACCACAAGAAGGACGUGUCCCACAGCCUGUGCCAGUACUCAUCCGAGGAGGAGAGUCGUCAGAUGGAGGAGAUCCUGCGGCUAGAGCGAGAGAUCGAGCGGCUGCAGAAACAGAGAGACGAGGGGGUUUCUCUGCUGAACGACAGCUCCAGAGACGAGCUGCGCCAGAAGAGGGACGCCGAGAUCUACCGGCUGGAGAAAGAGGCUUCACGCGUGGCCACCGAGUUCCUAGAGAUGCUGGACUUUGGAGGUUUGGAGCAGUCGCUGUCCAGUGAGGAAAACCUUCACGAUCCUUCUGAAACCACUGCUCCUCUGGCCGAGGAAGAGGUGGAUGAAGGUUUUCACGCGGAGGACGAGUGUAUCCCGCUCCCAGACUUCCCUCCACCGGCUGCUGUACCUCUGGAUAAGGAGGUUCUCUCCAGUCUUCCUCCUCCACCUCCUGCUUUUGCUGAAGGUCCGGUUGGCACUUCUUCCCCUGCACGGAUGGAGCGGCCCAAGUCCAGUUCAUCCAUCAAACACAACAGACUCUCAGACAUCCCUCCACCUCCACCCACAGCUCCACCGCCUCCUCCACCCACGCUGAUUUCAAGCAGAGUUGACUUUGAAGUGGUGUAUAAAAGCCCUAGGAAGACGGAGAUCUUGCUGCCGGAGGAGGAAACCAGCUUCAGUAUUCUGCCCGACACAGAGUCGGAUUAUGACCAAGAGGAGUUUGAGGAGGCACUGGGGAGUUGUGGAGAUGCUGGAAGCACAAACGAUGGACAUCUUACUGAUGAGGAAGUUCUGCGCAGAUCUUCAUGUACUUAUAACAGUACAGACUCCUUCAGGGGAAGCUCAGACUCGUUCAUUGACAGUAAUGAUGAGAAUGAUGGAUACGUGGACACGGACGAGGAAGUGUCCAAUGGUAGAGUGCAUCUGCUAAAUGGAAGUGGACCUCCUUAUUUCCACAGCUACCUGUACAUGAAAAGUGGGCUGAUGAUCCCAUGGCGCAGGCGCUGGUGUGUUUUGAAAGACGAGACCUUCAUGUGGUUCAGGGCGAAGCAGGACUCUCUCAAGUCAGGCUGGCUCUACAAGAAAGGUGGAGGAAUGUCUACUCUGUCUCGGAGGAACUGGAAGAUGCGCUGGUUUGUCCUUCGAGACUCCAAACUCAUGUAUUUCGAGAACGACAGCGAGGAGAAACUGAAGGGAACAAUUGACAUACGAGCUGCCAAGGAAAUUGUGGAUAACCACGAGAAGGAAAACGCACUAAAUAUUGUAACUGAAGACAGGACAUACCAGAUCUAUGCAGAAUCUCCUGAGGAUGCUAGUGGCUGGUUCAAUGUGUUAAGCCGUGUUCACAGCGCCACUCCAGACCAGCUUCUGCAGAUGCAGCAUGAGCAGGCCAACCCCAAAAAUGCAGUUGGAACACUGGAUGUUGGGCUUAUUGACUCUGUAUGUGCCUCUGACAACCCAGACAGGCCAAACUCAUUUGUCAUAAUCACUGCAAAUCGUGUGAUACAUUGCAACACUGACACGCCGGAGGAAAUGCACCACUGGAUCGGCCUCCUGCAGAAACCUAAAGGAGACUCCAGAAUAGACGGCCAGGAGUUCAUAGUGAGAGGCUGGCUGCAUAAAGAGAUGAAGUCCAGUGGGAAGAGCACAUCUCUCAAGCUGAAGAAACGCUGGUUUGUUCUGACCAACAACUCACUGGAUUAUUAUAAAUCAUCAGAGCGCAGUGCCUCCAAACUGGGAACACUGGUGCUCAACAGCCUUUGCUCGGUUGUUCAGCCUGAUGAGAAAGUCUACAAGGAGACAGGUUACUGGAACAUAAUAGUUCAUGGAAGAAAACAUUCUUACCGUCUCUACACCAAACUACUGAAUGAAGCCAUGAGGUGGGCUUCAGCCAUUCAGGUGGCCAUUGACAACAAAGUUCCCAUUGAAACACCGACCCAGCAACUCAUUCGAGAUAUCAAGGAGAGCAGUCUGAAUGUGGAGGCUGUGGAGCAGAUGUACUGGAGGAACCCCAUCCUGAGAUACACACAGCACCCGCUGCACUCGCCCCUGCUGCCCCUGCCAUACGGAGAAGUCAACGUCAACCUACAAAAAGAGAAAGGCUACACCAGCCUGCAGGAUGAAGCGGUCAAGAUCUUCAACUCAUUACAAGAGAUGGAAGCCGUAUCUGAUCCAAUGCCCAUCAUUCAGGGCAUCUUACAGACCUGUCAAGAUCUGCGGGCGCUCAGAGAUGAAGUCUACUGUCAGCUGAUCAAACAGACCAAUCAUGUGCCUCAGCCCAACAGCCCUGCCAACCGCGCACACUGGCAUCUGCUUACCUGUAUGAGCUGCACUUUCCUGCCCAGCCGCGGCAUCCUCAGAUACCUCCGAUUCCACCUCAAAAGGAUAAAGGAGCUGUUCCCUGGAGCAGAAAUUGAGAUGUUCGCGGUGUUCAUUGGUGAUUCCCUGAAGAAGACAAAAGCACGGGAGUUUGUGCCUUCACAAGAGGAGAUUAUCGCCCUCCUGAACAGACGUGAGAUGACAACCACUGUUUACUGCCACGGUGGAGGAUCCUGCAAGAUUUCAAUCAACUCUCACACUACAGCAGGAGAGGUGGUAGAGAAACUAAUCCGAGGCUUGGCUAUGGAGGACAGCAGGAACAUGUUUGCUUUGUUCGAGCAUAACAACACCAUCGACCGCGCCGUAGAGAGCAGGGUGAUUGUUGCAGAUGUGCUGGCCAAGUUUGAGAGGCUGACAGGAAGCGAGCUGGAGGAGGACGGCCCAUGGAAGUUGUACUUCAAACUCUAUUGUUUCUUGGAUGUGGAAAGCAUGCCCAAGGAAGGAGUGGAGUUUGUUUUCAUGUUUGAGCAGGCCCAUGAAAGUUUAAUUAGCGGUCAUUUCCCUGCCCAUGAGGACACCCUCCAGCACCUAGCUGCUUUGCGUCUGCAGUACCUGUAUGGGGAUGUGUCACGGGUCAACUGGAGCUUGGACAGCAUCUACCCCACUGGCCGUCUACGCAGCCGCAUACUUCAAUUCACCAAAGUAGGAGGUGCAGCUGGAUCGGGACAAACCCUAGAAAGGAGGAGGACGAGCUUCCUGGAUGGCACUCUGAGGCGGGGGCUGAAGACGGGCACCAUGAAGAAGCAGCGCAGCAUGCAGGAGGAACAAAUGCUGGAAAUGUGGAUCAAGGAGGAGACUUCAGCCACCAGGGCCAGUAUUAUGGAAAAAUGGAGUCGGCUGCAUGGUCUGGAUCAGCACCAAGCUAUGGUCAAAUACAUGAACAUUAUAAAAGAGUGGCCUGGAUAUGGAUCAACGCUGUUUGACGUAGAGUGUAAAGAAGGUGGUUUCCCUCAUGAUCUCUGGCUCAGCGUCAGUGCUGAGAACGUGUCUGUGUAUAAGAGAGGAGAGGCCAAACCGCUGGAGACCUUCCCCUAUGAACACAUUGUCUUCUUUGGUGCUCCUCAUGCUAGUACAUACAAGAUCACAGUGGAUGGGAGAGACAUGUUCUUUGAGACACCUCAGGUUGGAGAGAUCACCAAAAUAAUGAAAGCCUACAUCAACAUGAUUGUUAAGAAACGAUGCAGUGUCAGAUCAGUGGCCAGCUUUGGGAGCAACUGGAUCAGGUGAUGAGUGCUGACCAAUUAUAGCAAGGACAAGAUGGAUUUCCUUUUAACUGAUGGAAUGAAUGAACUAAACUGGAGGGAUGUGGAUUGGCGAAUAUACGAAUAUGAUACUGGAACCAUUGAGAAGACAAACUUUUAGACAUCUGCAUGUGUGUAGACAACCACCCCUUUACCAACUUAUUGUAUCUGACAUUUAAUAUGCAGUUAUGUGGAGUGUGGAUAUUGGACCAAUGAGAUUCCGCUAAGGGGUGGGACUACCAACGGAAUAUCUUGUCAGUCUUCACGGCACUUGUUCUUUUAUCCAAUAACAGCUGAUUAGUAUGCUUCUCAAAGCUAGUUAACCAGCAGAUGUUUAUUGCAAUACCUCAAAGUCCCAAAUGCUUCUUGUGCUCAUGGUUUUCUGAUUUUCAGUUGCUCUUUGCAGUGACAAGAUCAAAACAGGGUCUUAAAUGUUACACACAAAACAAUGUUUUGUUGAGAGCUUUCAAAGACUAGUAACCUAAAGUGAUUGCACACCUUGAAAGUGUCAACAGCCAUGUUAAAACUUGUCCGUUUGCCUUACUCCACACAAAGGCUGCUCUGUGCAGAUUUGCGUCAUUUAGACGGCUUUCUGUUAAUCUGUUACUGAACCUUCACUCAGGUUCCUAAGGUUGAGCGAAUGAUGGAAUGUUCUUCUGCCUUUACGUCUUGCCGUUUUCAACUGUGUGUUCUCUCGUAUACUGUGCGUAAUGCAGAAUGUGCUUUUGCAUUCCACUGUGGUGCAGUUCCAUUGUUUUCAGUGUAAACAUGCACUGGCGAUCUUGUGGGGGGAUGUUGGUCUAACAGAGGCUAGCUAGUUUUGCAGAUAAAUCUAAUUUAUCUGUCUUUAAAAGACUUGCUAGUGAAUCACAUUAGAGACUUAGGCUGCAUCUGAAACCGCAUACUUCCAUACUAUACAUACGCUAAAAUCAGUAUGCGAGCCGAGUAGUAUGUUUGAAUUCAUAGAAUUUGAAAAUCAGUAUGCGAGUAUGGGGAUGACUUACUACUUCUGGCGAGAUUCUGAAGUGCGCAUCCCAUGCAUGCUACACUAUCCCAUGAUGCCCCGCGAGAGAAUUUAUGAAUGGGAGUGAAGCAACUGACGCAGGUAUGACAAAAUGGCGGAUGUAGUACGUCCAAAUUCCAUUGAUUCUUCGUACAUUCAUACUGUAUAGAACGCACUUUUCUAAUGGCCAAGUAGUACGUUUAAAUUCAAAGGCAGUACCUACUGAGUAGUAGGCGGUUUCGGGCGCAGCCUUAGAGUUCUUUGGUAGUGUGUCCACCAGCCAUUCAAGAACAUGCUGGGACAUGCUGGUGCCGUGACCCAGAUGGAAGUGAGGUUUAGGGGUGUUUGUGUUAUGGAGGCGAGCUAGUGAGAGCUAUGUGGCUAACCUCUGUCACAUCAAAAGAUGCAUUAGCAAACGAUGUUACAGGCCGUGGCCUUAUUGCCGAGUUCAGACUGCAUGAUUUUCAAAGUAGUCGUGUCAUAGAUGUUUUCACACUGCAUGACUAUUUGGGGUAUUGUUUCGUUGCUGCUGUGUUUACACUGCAAGAUGGAUCAACGACAGGGGGCUUCACACUCCAUUACAAUAGAAGAAUCGCUGACAACUUUGUCUCGGUCUGCAAAUUACAUCUCACAACCAAACACACGCAAGAAGUGACAUAGAAACAGCAUGAGGCCAUGCAGUAUAUCUUCUGUUAUGUAACUACAUCAUGAGAAAGAAGCCUUUAGUGGAGUAGAAAAUCUACUUAUUUUGCUCACCUGACUUUUGAAGGCAAUUAGCAGAUGACACUUCAAACAGAUACCGGUGCUCCUGCCAAAUGUACACUGAUUUUUCCUCCAUGUUUUGGCUCCAAAUAGACCCAAAAGAAGCCCUUUUAACUUCUCCCCUAACUGCACUGGCCUGCAGAUACCUAUACUAGUGGAUGCUGCUCUCUCAUUAGCUGUUGGUAAUCACCGAUGUUAUUUUCAAGCAGAACUCAUUCACACGACAUAAUUUUAAAUCGCCAACAGGUCCAGAUAUUUAGCAUGCCAAAUAUCUCACACGUCAGCGACUCAUGGGCGAUUCUCUCAGAUUGCGUCUUUGAUAGUUCACACUGUGUGAUUGUCACAUGAACAAGCUCCAAUAUGCCUGUGAUUUCAGGCAUUUGUCUGUGAUUUCUCAAAGCCUUGUUGCGAGUCAAAAUCAGAGCUAAAAUCAUGCAGUCUGAACUCGGCAUUAGUGUCCUUUGAUAGUGUGCCCAUUUUCUAAAACCCACUCGAAUCAAGCCAAGUCCAACCAGAGGAGUUGUUGGUGCCGUGACCCGGAAGGGAAUGAGAUUCCAAGUGUAUGCAGGUAAACCUCACACCUCUGCCUUUGAAAUACACACUAGCUGUUGAUGUUAGAGGCCGCAGUCUUUAGCAUUCUAAGUGGGAUGCCCUCUUCCAAUCCUGGUUUGAUUUUGGCAAGUAGAAGUGGAGGGGUUAUGUUGGUGCCGUGACCCGGAUGAGGUUUUCCCAUUAGCAUUACCCUCUGUUUGAUUUUCAUGCUAUACUGUGCUGUGUUUUCAUUGUUUGUCUAUGUAAACAUGCACCAGAGGAUUACAUUUCUCCUUUUCAGCCUUUUGCUGUCUAAAAAUGGUCGACACAGGAUAGUAGAAUGAAAGAAAGUGAGGUCUAGAGAAUUUUUUUAACUUGGAUCCAUCUCGUUUUUACAUAGAAAACCAAUGGGAAAAUGCUUUCUGUGUGAUUGGUGUUUUCUGGGUUAAGCUCAGGUACAGUAUAAAGAUAUAAGCAAUAUCUCAAUAUUUCAAUCAGUGCAGUGUUGUGUUUGUUACAGCAACAAGAUCUGACGAGAAUUACCACUGUACUGAUAUCUGCAGAAAAGCUGUGACUCUCCUUGUGUUAUUCCACACAGUAGGUCAGUUGUAAAUUCUUUAUUUCAAGACAGAUAUAUGCAUUUUAGUUUAUUAGCAAAACCUUUUUUAAGAGAUGUUUGAAACAUGUUUGCCUUUUUAUAAGGUGGGAAAGAAUGUUUGUUUUUUGUAAAGGAAGCCUACAUACUUGUAAGUGAAGGAUGUUUUUGUGUGCCUAAGAGAGAGUGAAUAAUUAUGGGUGGCCUGGGUAUUUAUUCAGUCUAAGUGUUAAUGUAUGGAUGGUGAUGUUGAUGGCAUGUUGUGUUUAGAUUCUCUACAUCAGUGACAUAACACACAGUGAUCAUAUGAAUGGAGGAUGUCAAUGUGGUAUCAGAGACUCUUUAUUGUGGUACCACAACACUCAUUCAACGUUCAUUAUUGCUUCUUUAUUAAAUCCAUUGAGCUGCUGGUCAGUUCAUUGUCAGAGUGCAUCCCAUAAUCAUUAGGGUCAGAAAAAUUCAACUUGUGUAGAGGAUGAGAAUCAAAUGUUUUUUUUGGUUGUUUUUUUUUGUAACUGGAUUUACAAAAUACUUAAUAAAUUAUUUCAACUCCA